CCGAUGUCCGUUGCCAAAAAAAAAACAUGGCAGAUCAAGAUUUAUUCAUGAUUCCCUUCCAGCAGGUCCUUCGGCUUACCAAAGCUGGCUUCGCUAGUAUCGUUUUCGUUGCGACUACGACGAUGAAGACGCUACAUACAUAUAUACUUGAUGCUUUGAUAAUGUCCCGAGAGCGACGAGAUCGUCGUAGUUGCCGCAAAAAUGAUGAAAGCACAGGCAAGCUAGCAUACUAGCGCGACAUCAAGAUGGACCGCGUCCCAUCCAUCAAGGUCGUUCACGACCGCCUGCACCCGGCGUUGUCCCGGACCCAGACCUUCUUCGGCUCCCUUUUUGGGCGCAAAGCGGCGCAGGAUCGAAAGGAUGCAGAAGCGGACAACGACGAGGCUGAAGACCACGAGGAGGGCGAGCACAGCAAGGACGGCAAUGGUAAGGGGAAAAAGAAAAAGAACGGCAAGAAUGGAAAAAAGUCCUCAAAAUCGACGAAAUCCAAGGAGAAGUCCGACACCCACGAGGACGGGACGCCGGGGGACCUGAACCUGGACGACGAUGAGCCGGAGGAAACGGAGGAGGAAAAAAAGCGGCGGAAGCGGCGGGAGCGGGCCGAGCAAAAGGCACGGGAGCUGGACGCGAGCAAGAGUCCGGAGGAAAAAGCGCUGGACGAAGAGUUCCGGAAGAUGGUGAACUUGAAAAAGAAAAUCAAGAAGGAAAUCAAACAGCUCGGGACCGACCCGGGCAAGCCGCCAGACGUGGAGGACUUCUACAAAACCUAUCCGCUGAAAAUUAACCAUCCCCAUCCAGUUUGUCAUGCAAAACAUACACAAAGUCCUCUGUUUGUCAUGCACAAAGUGGUUGGGAAUGGUCAAUUUUCACGGAAUAAAACCGCAGACUUUUUGCAUAAAAGGCUCUUCAAGGAGGAUGAGAUAGACGCGCUGGAAUUGGCAAACGUGGAGGUGCCCGCGACCCCGGAGGAAACGGAAGACCAAAAGAAGGAGAGAUUGAAGAAAAAAAAAUUGAAGAAAAUGAAGCAGUCACAGUGUAUUGCUCGUUUCGUUCUUGUAUUUUGAUAGCUGGGUUAUUUCGGUUUUGCUUUUGCGUUGCUGUAAUGCUGUGCUUGGGUUUAUUCUUUUUUGUUCGAUGAUGAUGAUGAUGUUUGUGAAAACGUUUUCACUGCGCAUGUAGUUCAUUUUCAUUCUGAGCAGCUGUAUUACACAUGGAGUUUUGAUAAGUGAUGUUGUCCUAUGGAUUUUAUUCAAUUUACCCCACAACCACCCUAGCCGGAGACUACCCCCCGGCCUCCGAGCGGUUGAAGUACCGGCACAAGGUCCUGCAGCCACUGUCCAUGCAGAUGAAGCGGUACAUUUACAAGGACUUCAAGCUCGAAAACCGGUAUGACGACGAGAUUUUCGUGGAUGAUAAUUUGGACGACGAGAAGGUGAAGAUCAUGUUGGACCUUGGGUUCCAGUACGACGAUCUGUACGACGAGGAGACCGGCGACCCCGUGGAAUACACGAAACGGGAAUAUCCAGGAAAAAACACCCAUCCCCAUCCAUUUUUUGCAUGACAAACAAAGGAAUUUAUACAUGUUUUGCAUGACAAAUUGGAUGGGGAUGGGUGUUUUUUCCUGGAUAGGGAACUGCGGGACAUGGUCGCGCGGAGAAAUUUAUGCUGUGCAAAAGUAUCGUACUCGUACUAAUUGCAAAUAUGCAUGACAAAUCUUCCUCCAAAGGUAAAACAGCAUUACAACUGCGCCUUUUCUUCUUGCGAAAAUUUGUAAUGCAACCUAUACUACUACGUUACUUUUGCAAUGCACAAAAUUUCGAGCUGCAAUUCCGCCUCGGGGAGUCGCCGACGCGCAAGUGGCGGCAGGACGCCCGGUUCCUCGGCGGAGAGCGGGGGUUGCUGGCGAAGCAGUUAAAGUCCCCGGGCAUGAUGCUCACGGACGAGGACAUCGACAGGGAGGACGAAGUAAAACUACUUUGCCAUAAUUUACUUAUUAACAUCGACAAUGAGUUGACGUUUUGACGUGCGGCUGCACCAAUGCGCACGCGUGUGAAAUUGUCAUGCGCGAAAAUUAAUCAUCGAUCGGGAGCACAUAAUACAUCUGAAAUCUUCAAAAUCUUCUCAAAAAGGAAAUGGACGAGCGCUACUCUGAUGGAUACGCCAUGUGGGUUGAGCAACAGCAGUGGAACUUGUACUACGAGACGCUCGCAGACGAGCUGGAACAAAAUAUGCAUUGCAAAAGUUCUUGAAGCAUCCAUCGUACUAAAAGUACCAACUUUUGCAUCUGAAAUUGUAUCCAUCUCGAAAGGCAUCAAGAUGGAAUCUGUGAUGCUCGUGUAGAUAGCAACCUACAAGAACUUGUUGUACUAGUUUUGUGAUGCAAUAUCGCGACUUAGUGCGGUAGAAUUAGUGCGAGUACGAACAUUGACGAUACUUUUGCAUUGGAUAGAGAAGCUCCAGAAGCAGAUGGCGAAGUACGACGCGACGCACGGUGGGAUCGGAAAGCAAGCGCUGAUCGGCCGCCGGUUGAAGCACUCUUUGUCCCCCAGAAGCCGACAGAAGUUGAAACACGCGCUGCAGUCUCACGACCCGGACUCGUUCCCGCUGCCGUUGAAUCUCCGAGACGAGGAGAUCAAGCAAAAACGAAAGGAGAUGAAGGAGGCUGGCGUGCGGCACAACGUCCGCGCGCCCCCGCCACCCCCGCUGCCGAAGCGCGAAUGGUUCGAGAGAAUCGGGGUCGAAGAGGGAGUGCGCACCCCGCAGUCGGACGGGGAUAUUUCGAACGCGGAGAGGGAGAUCAGAGAGCAGCUGAAUCUAUCCAAGGAAAAAACAUUGUAGGUGUAACUUUCUUGGAGGAUUAGCAUGACAAAUAUGUCUCGCAUGACAGCAAAAACCUGUCAUGCGCAGAUAGUACGGGAAACGCCCUUGAAUGGACCCUACUAUGCAGGCUCAGCAUGACAGGCGCAAUCAAUUUGGAUGCUGCGCAUCACAAAUUUUUUACGCUAACAACGUUUUUUUCUUGGAUAGAAUCAGGAGCUGGAAGACUACUUGCUUGCCAACGCCGAUGCCUACGACGACUUCGACAGCCCCAUGGCGCAGAAGGUCAAGGGCUUCGGGUACUUGUCUUCGUCGGGCAGUUAUGAAAUGCAAAAAUGUCUGGGUCUGGAAACUUGUGAUGCUAAAAAUGCAUGAUGAAAACACUUUCGAAUGCAGUCCGGCAUGACAACUUCCCAAAACGCUUUCUCAUAGGCAAUCCGCAUGAGAAACUGCGUUUUUGCAUGACAAACGAGGCUGCGACUUUUGCUGGUUAUGCGAUACAGAUUUUCUAGGUAUGGUAAGCUAGCAUUACAAGUUCCAACCUUCCAGACCCAGACAUUUUUACAAUCCAUAGCAGUCAAUCCGGCGGUGGGCAGGACGGCACGGAAGUCGGUUUAGGGGGUAGCUCGAAGACGAUCAAGAAAAAGAAAUCCAUCUUUUCCUCCAUCGACCUGCCCGGCGCGAGCAUCGCGCGGGGGGUCGCCUCCGUGUUCGGGCAGCAAGAGGAGAAGGAGCUGAAGGGCAUAGACCUAGUGCAGGCGGGGCGGACCAGCUUCAACAUGGCGGCGUACACCGGGGCGGACGGAGGCAGAGCGGGUUUGAAGUACGCGUUUACGAACACGGAGAAGCGGAACGCGCGAGAGCGGGACCAAAUGUUGGACGAGCGAGACGAGUUGUUAGAAAAGCGGGAGUAUGCAUUGCAAAAGUACUUAUCGUACUCGUGUAAGUGCAUUAGAAAUUUUGUCCUCAGCGUUAGAAAUUUGCAAUGCGGAUUUACCUUUAAGAAAAAGAUUUGUCGUGACUGCAAUCACUACGAGUACGAAACCUUUGCACAGCAUAAGGAGGACAAGGCCGACGAGCUGGAUGAGGAAAGAAAACUCCUCGACGCGCAGUUGGCAGAGAUGAGCUCGCCGUCGAUUCUGCAGCAAAGCCAGCCGAAGGAGGGCGAGCACAAGUCGCCGCCGCGGGAGACAAAGGGGGACAGUUUUUACAGUUCAUCGCGAAGUAGAAACAGCUUUUCGAAUCCGUACGAUUUUUCCGCAACCGCAGCGAGGGGGAGGAAGCUUCGGUCCCAGAUGCGAGCGAGGUUUCACCAGAAAAACCACGAAAACUUCUAUGUGGAUGGCGAGCAUAGCGCGGUGGUGCCAGAGGAAGGGAUGGACGAGGAAAACCAAACAGCAGAAAAAGGAAAAGCAACUACAACAGCAUUCUCAUUCAGUACCGAAGGAGAAGCAACAGAACAUCAAGAAGUUGAGGAACCAUUCCCCGACUACUACUUCUUUCCCCCAACGACCCCGACGAGCACCAGCAGCACCCUUUUUUUCGAAGGCGAGCACAGCAUGCGCGCUCCGCCGCCCCCUCCCGAGGACCCACCGGUGCCGAUCGCGUUGUACUUCCCCGAUCCGGACUUUGAGCAAAAUGACGAAGAUGACGACCAGAAUGCAGAGGACCAGGAGGCCGCGAUCCGGGAAGCCAUGAUGGUGAGUCAAGCGCAGGUUUCCGGCGAGGAAAACGAAAAUAACGAAACCGACGAGCCAAGUGGCAGUAGAAGCAAGGACCACUUGAUGGACUCCAGCCUAAAGAAAACCAUGUCCGGCGGGCUGGAAGUGAUAGAAGAGGGGGAGGGGGAGGAGGGAAUGGACUUGAACAGGGAGGGAAGUAAGGAAUCCGUGCAAGAAAGUAGGCAGUCCGGAGAUGUUUAUGAUAACGCUGACGGUGCUGGUAGAGGAGCAGAAGUAAAUGGGCAACUACAAGUCAUCGAUCCCGCUGCUGAUCCGCUACAGAAAUCGCAGGAUGAUUCCCUGGUUCUGUAUGACACGAUGGUCGACGGUAGACUGGUGAUGGCGGGGGAAGAAAACGUGGACAUGACGGGCAUCCCGAACCGCGACCGGGAGGACUACGAGCGGCCGAAGAGCCGCGAGCGAGACGAAAAUUCCGACCUCCCCUCCUCCUCCGCGAGCUCGGGGGGCUCGGUGAUUCACCUGAAGUGGGUCGCGCCGCCAAACGAAAAUCCCGACGCCAGCUACCGGCUACCCCGACCGCCACUGGCCUUGGGCGUGGACUUGGACGGCGCGAUUGCGAACAUCAAACAGACCAAGGAACUCCACGCGGCGGCGUUGGAGAAGAAGCAAAAAUUCGGGGAGCAGAUGGUGAAAAAGCACGCGCCCAACGCGAAGAAGUACCUGCAAUACGGGGCGGAGGUGGAGCAGAUUUUGCGAAGGUCCAAGCACAGCGUCGAAGAGUACCAGCGGAAGCAGUACAAGCGGAAACUGCAGCGAGAUCCGCCCCAGAAGACCAACGUGCGGGACCCGGCGUCUUGGGUGAAAGUGUUCCACUUCGACACCAUGACGACGAGCUACUGGCGCUUAUCAAAUGCAAAAGCAUCGUACUCGUACUAAUCGCAGACACGCAUGACAAAUCUGAUUCCAAAGGUAAAUCAGCAUGACAAAUUCCCUUUUACGUUCUGAGGAUGAAAUUUGUCAUGCGAUUUAUAGAUACUAGUGCGAUACUUUUGCAAUGCAUAGCGCUACGAAGCAUACAACUUCGUCCUGCACGCAUUGGACGCGACAAAGGACGUGAUCCCGGUGACAAAACGGAACUUCGAGGUUUUCCAGCGAAAAUUCGAAGAAGGAACGCUGCGGCAACAGGCAGAGGAGGUACUUACUUACUUUCAUUUGUUUUUUUCUUUUGUCAUGAUAGCGUGUUUCCUUUGUGAACACAGAACAAGCAAUAGCUCAAGUAACAAAUCUUCUGUGCAAUGAAGCUUUGGUGUCCCUACCUACCAACAUCCCUUUGUGCCCACCGCAACGUCAAAACACACGACGCGAAUAAUAAACUUCCAGGAGCGCAAGCGCCUAGAAGAGGAGGCUAAAGCGUUGGAGAGGAGCAAAAAACGUGUGAACCCCUUCGGCAAACGCAUUUCUUUCGAGGACGAGGACGCCGGUGACAUCGUGAUUGACCAAGGCAGCGAUGACACGGACGACGAUGCGGAGGACUACGAUCCCUACAGCUUCUUCGAGGGCAAACACGAGGCCGUAAUCCCCCCGUCCGAUCCCCCUAUCGUUCCAAGAAUCCCGGCCGCAACGGACACGCCUUCCGCAUCCUCCGCCUUUUCCGCCGGGACCCGGCAGUCCUCCGGAGCUGCGGCAGGGCCUUCCUUCCUCCCGGGGCAAAGACCGGAAUCGCCGCCCAAUCUCCCCGGACAGUCCUCGUCGUCACGCGCGAUUCCGGGCCUGGGAGCGGGAACCAUGAAAAAGGAUGGCUCGGUGGCCAAAAUGUUUGGCGCCGCGCAGAAGCGGGCGAGCGAUGAAUUGCAAGCUGGGGUUGGAGACGAGAGGGAUUCCACCGGGAUUUUGAAGCGCAACAUCUCGCAAACUUCGAGUGCCAUGCUAUCCAAUUCGGGAUCCGGAACGAGUGGCACGAACACCAACACGCAGCCGUCCUUCGGAAAGCUGCCCUCGAUCCUCCGCAGAACCAAGACGAUCAAAUCCGCCCUGCACCACGGCCGGGAAAAGCGCUACCCCGGCGACAACCCCAACACGGAGGCACUGUGGGGCGACACAAAUGUCCGAUACGGGGGCAGUUACAGUCCGGACAAGAACAGGAAAUUGUUCGUCAAAGACAGUCACGGUUCGGCGAAGAAGGAGCAGAGGCAGCGCGACAAGGACGAGCAGACCACCGCCUGGGGCGGAAAAGCCCACGUGGCGGAGAAAAGGCAGCGCUUUGAUUACAAGGCGAAGAUGAAGUGCGCACUGAUGAAAAUCAAACUUCUUCGCGGGAUGGGCAACGCGAAGAAUCUCGAGAGAGAGCAGCAAGAGCACCAGGCGAAGCUGAUGGUGUUGCCGAAGGCGUUGGUGGACGAGAAAUUUCUGGAUGAGACAAAAGCGAUUUCCGAGAUGAAAACGCUGCAGCACCGACGGGAGUUGACCAAUGUCAUGCGCGAGGAGAUCUACGCGAAGACGAAGCCCUACUUCAAAUCGAGGGGAAAAAGGCGGAACAGCUUCCACGUACUAGACCCGUUCACCGGGUUACCUCUUAUUGACACGGACGGGGAGAGGGAUUCCAAUUACACCGAUUCCGACGAGGAAGUAGACGUCGCCAGCCCGGACAUCACCGCUAAAGAACGGAGGGUCAGGCGCAGUCCGAAGAAACCGGCAAUCGUCCUCGGAAAUAUGAAGCCGGGAAGUGCAGGUAGUGCUGGUCAACCCCCAGGCCCAUCACCCACGGACAGCAACGAGCAAACCGUUUUUGACUCCGAAGACGAGGAACCAGCGCACCGGAGACUGUUGACAUUUCAACAGUUGAGGGGAACGGCGAUGUACUACACGCAGAUGCGGAAAACCGAAGAGUUCGAAGCAGAAAAUGUGGAUCAGAAAGUCAUGAAAAGAAGGGAAGCCAAAGACGGAGUCAAACUCGCGAGUUCCAAAGUCAUCGUGCCGGGAACCGACAGCGCCAGUGAAGACGAGGUGGAGAGGAAAAGGAGAGUGAUGAGGUACUACUUGAAGGCCACCUCUAUGUGUUUUUUGGUUGUUUCAGACAAUGUCAUUUGAUUUACGUGUAAAACAAAAACUUGUGAUGUUGCGGUUGUAGAGCUGCCCUGCAUUCAUAACGAUUUUUCAGACAUCUCGUGCGAAAAAAUAUGCGCAAAUUUCUGUCAGCCGCAAGGCCCGGAAGAAGAAAUCCCAGAUCGUUUCCAUGGAGAAGAAAAUGGAGGAGCGGCGACUGCAGACCUCCGACCACCUGUACGAGACGAUGUGCGGUUUCGUCGAAAUCAGCGGCGAAACCCGGGAGCGAAUGCUGAAGCAACUGCUGGGGCACAGGGAAGUCCUUCCCGGGGAGCAGAAUUUCUGCCAAGCGAGCUGCUGCUACAUCAGCUACCGGUUUUUUUCCAUGCUCGAAGUGAUCUCGUCCUUUGAAGUCAGUGCGCGCAUGACGGAGGAGCGCUACAUGGAUUUGUUCUUCGGGGAAAAUUCGGCCGACAAAAAGUUCCAAAUCGGUUCCGUCGCGAUCACGAGAAGAAUCCACGAGAUUCUGGAUCUAGCGGAUGUGGACCCCCCGAAACCCCCGCCGAUCAACAGUCUGGCUCUGGUCGACCAGUCCAACACGGAUGUCGGGACCAGGUUGGCACCCUUCAAAAACUUCGCAACGACGGAGGAAAGGAUUGUGGCGGACGAGUGGGGGAACUUGAAACUAGAGGUCGUCCCCCACACACAGUCGGAUGACUUCAAAUUGACGAAGUUGAUGGUGAAGGACGAUCUGAUAUGCGUUGCAAAAGUAUCGUACUAGUAGGAAUAGCAUGACAAAUUUUUCCAGGAAGAAAAAUAGGAUUUGUAAUGCUGAUUCACCUAUUAAGAUAGGAGAUUUGUCAUGCACCAUCACAGCAAUUACUACGAGUGCGAUACUUUUGCAAUGCAUAUCUGAAAACUUUGUCCAGUCAGCAGCACUACUGCUACGUGCAGCCGGGGUCGGAGCAGGGGAAGUUGGAUUUCUUGUUGUCCUUGGUGCAAAAAUCGCGGGACAUUUGGGGCAAAGCGCGGAAGAAGUUCGAGCCCGAGCUGAAGCAGUUCAUCAAUCACCAAGUCCCGAAAAUACGGGUCGACUUGGACCAGCCGAUAGUGGCGGAUGUGUUUGAGAAAGUCCGCGACGAGAUCGAGCGCACGGUCCAGCAGGACCGGUUGAUCGACCUGGAAAGACUGGAGAUGGAAAGAGAAUUCCACAAAAUGCGGGUCGCGAGACGAAAGAAACAGGAGGAGGACCGGCGGGAGGAAAGGAGAAGACGAAGGGAAGAGAAAAAUCUCUCGAAAGAGCAGAAGUCCCUUCUCGAAGCGUCGCGACAGAGCAGCAACCCCUACAGUAACUACGACAAGUCGCAAAAAUUGGACAACGGAGUGAUCGGCGGUGCCGGCUGGCAGCAAAGAAUUACCCUGUGCAAAAGUAUCGUGCUGGUAUUGCAAUCAUGCGUGACAAAUCUUUUCCUCAAGGUAAAUCAGCAUUACAAAUUUUAUUUCUUAUGCUGAGGAAAUUUGUGAUGCAUUUAUACGAGUGCGAUACUUUUGCACUGCAUAAGAAUGUCGGAUUUACAAAAGGAAAGGGACAACGAGGAUGAGAACACGUCUUUGAUGCACACGCUGAACACGACCGGGUUUCACCCAAAUCUCGGCGAUCCGAGAAGGAAAGAGCUGGUUUUGUCAGAUAAAACGCUGGAAGAGUUGGAAGAGGACUACAAGGAGCAGUACGAAGACCUGUCCCCCGCGAAUAGGCGGCAGAGGCAGUUCGUCAUCGAGCAGACGAAACAAAGAAGAUUUAUGGUCGGGAUCUUCUACCAGAACUCCUUCUUCCAGCCCGGGCACCAGAUUUCCUACUUUUUGCAAUACCAGCACGGCGACGGAGAUAAAGGGCUGAAGGUGGUGAUCGACCGGAACCGCGCGGCAGAUUUCGUCACCAUGUACUUGGAGAUUGCCUAUGCAUUGCAAAAGUAUCGUACUCGUAUGAAUUAUGCGAGUCUAGCAUUACAGAGCUGCUUUCUUACCUGAAUCUGCAUGACCAAUUUCAUUUUUCUUCUAGGAAAAAUUUGUGAUGCAAUUCGUACUAGUACGAUACUUUUGCAUUGCAUAUUGCCAACGCAAAGGCAAAACUCGAGUACUUCAGCAACUACGAAGAGACUUUAACGAAGAUGCUGCGCGACGGCGGAAACCGAAUUGUCACCUCUGCGAACACGGUGUUCGACCGAAUCCUACGGCAGCUCAACCUCGCGAAGCAGUUGCUCCAAGCGUCCGAGUUACUCGGGAUUCCGGACCCGGAGCAGGAAGUGCGAAGGUUGCGGAGAGAGCGAGAGGAACGGCGAAUAGAGGAAGACGAAUAUCAUAUCCUGUGUAAAAACUACGUCUUCACCGUGCAGAUUUGUUUCCACAGGAUCUAUCAGGAACACUUGUAACGCACGUCCCCAUGAGGGGGACUUCUGAGUUCCGACUAGUGUAUUGAAAUUUUGAAACUUGAGGAUUUGUAUUGCAGAUUUCCCAUCGUGAUUCUAGAUAAGGCCAAGGCACCUUUUUACUCAGGAUAUAGCAGGAGGCGCGGAGAUUAGCCGGUCCGGGCGAGGACACGCCAUUCGACGAGGAUGAAGGAGAAGAGGAAGAAGAUUCGGAAGAGGUACUUUAUUGAUUCAACGGAAACUGAUCCUGGACUCGUCGCUAGCGCGGUACUAGUAGAACACUCCAUCAAGAAAUACGCAUUGCACUCCUAAAGCGCAGAGCUUUUCUUUGACAGUUUGUGACACCAUCGUGCAUAACUUUCUUCAGGAUGGUAUCAAGCGAGUAUAUGCAUUUUGGUAUUUUUCACGUUUGUGGCACCGUCGUGAGUAAUGUUACGCACCAUGAUGCUGCGCUCGAGGGGUGUUUGGUACCGUUUAAGCGAGAUCAUCUGUAACACGCUGGUGCAUGGUCCAAUCAAGCUGCGUACUAUGAGAUCGGCGAUAAAGAAACAAGCGAAAAAUUUUACACUUACCAGUGCUGCUGCUGGUAGGUUCAUCUCCAUAAAAUCGCACGUAACGAGCUCUCCUCUUUAGUAGAUCAACCCUCCGCAAGAAGGAUGUUGCCCGACUCGUCUGCGCUCAAAUCAGUUGGCCUUCAACUGAAAAGCUAGCAUGCGCAACGCUUACCACGACGUCUGUCAGGAUAAACAACUGAUGAACAUCUGCUCAGUUGCUCAUACCAUCGCGCAAAAGAUCAUCCACGACGUUGUUCUUAGUCUAUUUUUAUGCAGCUGCAGUGCCGUGCUGCAUAACUUUGUACACGAUGGUAUCAUGGUAUUUACAUUUCGCAGCAAUCUCGCCAGGCAGUGCCGUCGGUACUAGCAGCUAGAACUCGAAGCAAAUUAUUUAACGUGUAGGUGCUGCUUUUUAUGCAAAAGACCGUCCCGACCUGAACUACCUAAACGUUCAUUUAUUACAGGAGGAAGGGCAGUCCACGGACCUGGACAGCACGGAUCCAGAGGACCUGGACGAGGAGGAAGAGCCGGAGGAUUUCGACCUUUCCGUGCUCCUCCCCCCCAUUCACCCGCCGAGGGAAUUGAACGAGAAGAACCUGCGGAGGGAAGACCUGGAGCGGAAGCUUUCCCCCGAGAAACCUCGCCCGUAUCCUGAGUAAAAACGUGCCCACACCAGAGUCAGGAUGGGGAUUUUGCAACACAAACCUAGGCGCAUGACAAGUUGCACUCUGCAGUGUAGUGCAGGUUAGCAAGUGCAGCCGCGUCACAGAUUCAUCUGCUCAUCCUGUUCACAGCAUCACAAAUUUCAAAACACGACUGGAAAUGGGUCUCAUGGGGAUGCGCAUUGCAAGUCUUCCUGUCUUUGCAAAUCUGCAUUACAACUCUGGCGUGGGUACGUUUUUACUCAGGAUAGCCCGAAAAUGAUCGCCAACCCGGACACCGGCAAGGAAAUAUUGGCCGCGCCGAGGGGGAUGAAGAAGCGCAUGCAGAAAGCCUUGAUAGUUGAGUCGGUCUCCGGGUUCCGGGCGCAAGACAAGGCAGCCAACACCGUUCCCGACCUGUUGGACUCGCCGGAAGUGUUAAGCAGUCGGGGGCCGAAGUCCAGUAUUGAUUACGAUGAGGACGAUAUCAUGAGAAAAAAGCGUUACAGUUGUUACACAUUUGUACUAGGGAGUUCAGCAUCACAAACCUGUCUUACAUGUUGACAGAGAAAGUUUGCAAUGCAUAUGCAGAGACCAUAAGGGAAAACACGUAUGAACCAACGCUCCUAUGCAUAUCCGGCAUGACAGAACUUGUCUGUAUUGCAUCUUCGCCUGCAAGACAGUGUGUAACUGUAACAGUUUUUUCCUGGCAUAGACGAGCUGGAGUUCCCGAUCAUUGAGGACACCGUGGACCUGCCGAUCCCGGUCUCCAAAGUGAUGAUAAAGAAGCAAAAGAGGCUGGAGAGGGAGGAGCAAGGGCGGAUCAAGCGGGAGGAGGAGGAAUUAUUGAACCGGAAGAAGGGCAAGAAGGGCAUGAAAAAGGACCUGGCGAAGAUGAUUGGUACGGGACAAGUGUCCCACAUCUCGCAGCAGGAGAGUCAGAUGACGGGGGGGAAAAUGAGCAACAUGAAGGAUAGCCGGCAGAGCGGGUUGGAGGAAGAGGAUGAGGAGGACGUAGACGACGUGGGCGAUUUGGAUUUCUCGAAAAUGCGGGUCGGCGUGAAGAAAAACUUGAAGGAGAUGAAUACCACGGCUAAAUCCUCGAACGUGGUGCCGUUCCGCAAAGACCCUCUAGAAGAGGCCGAGGAUGAUCCCUACGGCGAGGAGGAGGAGUUCGCGUCUCUGUUCAGCGAAAACGACCGCCCGGAAGAGGGGUUGGACCACAUUGAGGAGGCCGCGGAAUCCAGCUCGUGUCCGUCGGACUACGAGGGGAAUCGGCAGGAGCUGGACUACGAAGCGACCAUCGGGGACGAAACGAAAACGUUAGUCGCACAGGAGGCCUUGCGGGACCAAAAGAACGGCGCGCCGAUCCUCGCACAGGACAUCCAGGCGCUCCUCUAUCCAGGAAAAAACACCCAUCCCCAUCCAAUUUGUCAUGCAAAACAUGCAUAAAAUCCACUGUUUGUCAUGUAGAAAAUGAAUGGGGAUGCUGGGUGUUUUUUCCUGGAUAUCCUCCAGCUCGCGAAGAUGCGACAGCGGACGAGCUUACUUCUGGACGUGAACAUGAAAAAGCUGCGCGUCCCGUCCGCCGCCCGGCAACUGGCGAUUUUCGAACACUGGAACCCGCACUUGGACCCGAAUCCACGGAGUCUGUUGGGCUUGCUCUCCAUGCACUUCUUCGCGCCCCCGAAGUUCUACCAAACCGAACACGAAGCGAGAUACGCAGUAGAGGCAACCAGGCUGCAGGCUUUGGAGGUGGCAAAGACCACUUCUACUACCGAGUUGGAAAUGUUAAACUACAAAACGCAGCUCGCUGUAAAUCCUCUACCAGAACAACUUUCUGCAUUCGCCGAGAAGCAGCAGAAACUGCUGGAAGACCGGGAAAAAAGCUUGAAACUGCCACCGAUAGGAGGAGUAGCCUCUGUAGCGAACAAGAACAAACCUGUAGGCGGUGGAAGUAAGACGGUGGUCCCGCCCAUUCCAACGCAUUCCAUCCUAUCGAACAGUGGGUCGUCGCUUUCUGCGGUGGUGCGGGUGGAAGAUGACAAAGGGUUGGCGAUGCAAGACUCCACCAAAGUUCCGGAGGAGGAGAAGAUGCUGCGAAACUGCAAUCGUUACCUCUACGACGUCUCCAAGUCCCAAGACCCAUUCGCCACAGUUUUCGCCGACACGCUGGAAGACCUAUCCUGUAAGCUGAUGCGCUUCGAGCACCGCCACGUCGGGUUCGAAAUGGUGGCGCACGCCUUCCCCGGCAAUUUUGACUUUGCCAGCGGCUCGCGGACGGACCAAGCGGACAUGCUCUGCCUGCUGGCGCUCUGCAAAAUGGCCUCCACUUUUGGCGAUUGAGCGCAGGUCGUUUGGUGUAGGAGUUCGUUGCACUUGCGCGACUCCUUCUCUUGUCUAUUCGUAGCCCUAUUUUCGAUAAUUGAAGCACGGUUUAGUAUAGUACAACGUCAACAAAUAAAACCGAAAACGUUACAAGUUGAAUUUCCUGCAAUUGCCUUCAUGAAUUUGUUUUUAUAGUACCUUGAAUGUCAGACUUGAAAAAUCUGUGCCGCACCUUCUACGAGCCUCGUUAGGAUGGGUGAUCGGCAACUUCUACAAUACGAAAUGUACUGAAAACUUGACUGUCACGAGCACCGCCGAAAUGUCACUUUAUGCUUUGGCUUUUUGUAUCUAGCUUCUUCGAGAAUUCAUUUUUGUAAAAUCAUGUCCUCAAAAUUUUUUGUCAACUUCAACCUGUCAACACUACUGUUGACCCUCACCAAACUGUAUCUUCAAGUUGACUGCAACUUACUUCAAAUUGGUGCUCGAAGCUUUGGCGCUUUCGAAAUGCGACGUACUGUAUGAUGCAUAAUUUGAACAGGAUCGUACUUGACGACACACAAAAAAGAACAAGAUGCAAAAGAACUUUUAUCCGUCUUCGGGAUAGGCGUUUUGCUUUUUGCGAAGCAAGCCGGUCGGCUGCAAGAAA